AUAGACUGUUAUAACGUUAUUGUAAAAUUUAGGAAAACCAAUCUGUUGUGUAUAAAGAAAUAGUAUAUGAAGUAUGGACGACUCAGCACUUACAAAUCUAGCAAUUGCAGAGCUUAUGUGGGGAUUGCCACGUCAAGAUUCCAACGUAUGUCAUGUGCCACAAGAGCGCAAAAUAAAUCCGCUGGGUAAACCAAACAAAAAGUUUCUAGGACGAACAAUAAACAGUGUGAUACGACAUAACAAACGAACAACUGCGCGCACGCGGGAAAACUGUCAACAAAAACUUCAGGAAUUAGAUUCCAGACACAAAAGGCGCAAAGAAAAUGUCUUUUAUAACCGAUGCAUCAGGGAAGAACUCAAUGGAACUAGGGAACGUAAAAGUCGGUCCAGUAACAAUCUCAAACAAAGACGCAGUAGCAGAAGCUCGUCUAGAGAAUACCGCUGUCGCAGCAGAGGUCACAAAAAGAAACACAGGAAAACCAAGAAGAAAUCUAAACGAAGACAUCAUAGGAAAAGUCCUAGCAGUGAACUAGCAGUCCCAUCACCCGAGAAAUUAUCAAAUCCUGCAUCCGACCAUAUCCCUUCUAACAAUAUGGCUCUAGCAGUGGCUAUGGCUUACAGUCGACCGCUAUAUCAAACACCCGCUAAUAGGCCACUUCCAUUCGAGUUGUCAACUGACAUUGUUAAGGAGCUAAUGUCGGAUGAUGAAACGCUCAAACAGGAUGAACUAUCUAGAGCAUCUUCAGGUGAUGAAACUCCAGCAAUUCUUACAAUCGAUGUGAGUUCCCAAGAUGAACAAUCAGACGGCUGUGAGCGCUAUGAUGACGAAAGUGAAUCAGAGAAUUCCAGCUGCAUAAAUCUAACUAUCGUCGAUAGCGAAAGUGAUAUAGAAAUAAUUGACAGUAAGGUGAAACAGACAAAAGAAGAGCGCAGUCCAUCAUCUGUGGAGUUAACGUACUCGUUAGAGUUGCGAUAUACCGCCGAUAUUGCUCUUACAGUGGACUUGACUGAAGAUUAGAUAAAAAUGAUUUAUAAA